UCGUGACGUUUGGUCUGAAAAAAUUGCUUAGAGAAUUUUCUCUACGGUUUUCCUAAUCUUUCGCCCACAAUUCAGUCCAGUGCAUUGAUGAAAAGUUGUUGGGUAGUCAGCUAAGGUAUUGUGGUGCGUGACGUGCGUGCUGACAAGUGACUGGGCCAAUCUUCGAUGACCUCAGACUCUACGGGCGCACAGCAAGGCAUGGCAUUCAUGAGAAAGAAGAAGAACUACAAGUUCUCCGUGGAGCUGCAGCUGGACGAACUGGUGGAGGUGCCCUUUCUCAAUGCCGUCCUCUUCGCCAAGAUCCGCCUGAUGGACGGGGGCUCAUUCCAAGAGUACAGCAGUCGGGAGGAGGUGAAGAAUCACGCUGUGAAGUGGAGCCAAAAAUUCAGUUUUGUCUGCAAAAUGUCCGCGAAUGCGUCCAAUGGUGUGCUUGAUCCCUGCAAUCUCAGGAUAUCUGUCCGGAAGGAGAUCAAGGGUGGCCGUAGCUAUCAGAAACUGGGCUUCAUCGAUCUCAAUCUGGCGGAAUUCGCGGGGUCUGGCCUUACAUCUAGUCGCUACUUACUUGAGGGCUACGACGCUAAGCAUCGCCAAGACAAUUCCAUGCUUCAGGUGUCUAUCAAGAUGUACAUGCUCAGUGGGGAUGUUCUAUUCAAAGUUCCCUCACCAAGUCUUAAAAACAAACAGAUUUCUAUCCAGGACGACGUCCCAGCCGUUGGGGUCAAGGGCAAGGUGGGACUGCCACCGUCGACGAGCAGGGCCACCAAAGAUGACUCCUCAAUAGCGUCAGGAUCAUCGGGAUUUGGAUCACUGACCAAGAAGAAGAAUUUCGAGCAAAUACCGGGCGACUGUGAAGGAAAUAUGGUGUUGUCUGGACUUGUAGCGAGCAAUAGCAAUUCUGAGUUUUUGGAGAUGGCAGGAAAUACAGAUUCAGGAGCUAUUUUGCCAAAUUCCUAUACAGUAUCACUGCAGAAUCCAUCGUAUGGUGAAAUAGGUCACUCACGUAAUUCAAGCAACACUAGUCAAAUGUCCAAGGGAUCGGGCUAUAGCAGUUUCACCCAAAGUCAGCACUCUCGACAGAGUUCAGACUGUGAUUCCGGGCAGACGAGAAACCUUAAUCCUGCUCCGUUCACGUCCAGUGAGACAGGAUCACUAGAUAGGCUCAAAUCAGCGGCGGAGAGGAGGAAAAAGUGCUCCCUUGACGAUCAUGGCCCGGCGGUGUCAGGAAGAGUGGAGGGAACGCGAGUCAAUCCGGUGUUUAUGGUUGAUGAGAUUGUCAAGAAUACCAAAUUGGAUCAACUGGAAGAGUCGGCAGAGACUUCUGGCUUGAAACUCUUCAUCGCUCGCGAUGGAUCCACUUCGCUGGGCAGUCACAGCCAUGAGGCCAAGUCUCAGCUACCGGCGGGUGUUUUUAAGCAAGUUAUAAUGGAGAAUCCGAGAUAGUAAUUUUUUCUUCUAACGUCAUUCAUUGCUGUGAUGAUCAAAAAUACUGCGCAACGCGUGCCGAUUGGUUCGGAAAUCUUGCAAGUGUGUUGCAUAGUGUACACCGUAACUCUUUUUUUGUUUUCUUAUUUGUUUUUAGUUUUUUUUGUCAUAAUUUAUAUUAUUUUGUGUCUGGAGAAAUUAUGUGUAAAUGUUAUUGGGAAUUCAUUUAAAUGCCACUCUUUCCGCACUUGGUUCUCUUUGGUGAUAGAGAAACAUCACACAUUGCAGUGUCCGUAGCUUUCCCACCCUCGCCCAUAAAAUUGAUGGAUUGAAAAGAAAAAUUGAGAAAAUCAAUGAGAAGAACAGUAAUGUAUCUGCUGCGAGUUUUUACUGUGACGAAGUAUAAUGAAAAUGAAGUAUUUUUGCCCAGUCUUAUUUUCCACAGUAGCUCUUCUUUUUUUAAUUGUAUUUUCAAUGAAGAAGUAUAUGUGUAUUUUAUAUAAUAUCAAAUAAAAGCAGAUAGUUGAUGAAAUAGCGAGAUUUUUCUUCAU